CCUCCUGUGCUCCCUCCCCGCGGCCCUCCCUCCGCCGCGCCCACGUGACACCCGAGCUUCGGCGGCUCGGAUUACCGCCGCCGCCGCUCCAGUGCCCGCGCCGAGGCUGCUCCGCGAACUGCCCGCGCCGCGCCCCCAGCCCCACCGAGCCAUGGCCCGCGCUGCCGGCCCACGGCCCGCAAUCCCGGAGCGCGGCGCGGCCGGCCGCUGAGAGCCCGGCCCCGAGGCGGGGAGCCCCGGCGCGGCCUCGGAGCAGCGCCCGCGGCGGUCCGGCCCCUCCCCUGCACAGCUCCCCGCGCCCCUUGCGCGCCCUGCCGCCGCGCGCCCGGCCCCAGCAUGGAGACGGCGGAGAAGGAGUGUGGCGCCCUGGGCGGGCUCUUCCAGGCCAUCGUCAACGACAUGAAGAGCUCCUAUCCCAUCUGGGAGGACUUCAACUCCAAGGCUGCGAAGCUCCACUCUCAGCUGAGGACCACUGUGCUGGCUGCUGUGGCCUUCCUCGACGCCUUCCAGAAAGUAGCUGACAUGGCCACCAACACCCGAGGGGCCACGCGGGACAUUGGCUCAGCGCUCACGCGCAUGUGCAUGCGCCACCGCAGCAUCGAGACCAAGCUGCGGCAGUUCACCAACGCGCUGCUGGAGAGCCUCAUCAAUCCACUGCAGGAGCGCAUCGAAGACUGGAAGAAGUCAGCCAACCAACUGGACAAGGACCAUGCGAAAGAGUAUAAACGAGCCAGGCAUGAAAUCAAAAAGAAGUCAUCUGACACGCUGAAGCUACAGAAGAAAGCGCGCAAAGGGAAAGGAGACCUGCAGCCCCAGCUGGACAGUGCCCUGCAAGACGUCAACGACAUGUACUUGCUGCUGGAAGAGACGGAGAAGCAGGCUGUGCGCCGUGCGCUGAUCGAGGAGCGGGGCCGAUUCUGCACCUUUAUCACCUUCCUCCAGCCGGUGGUGAACGGCGAGCUGACCAUGCUGGGAGAGAUCACUCACCUGCAGGGCAUCAUUGACGACCUGGUGGUGCUGACUGCGGAUCCCCACAAACUGCCUCCCGCCAGUGAGCAGGUGAUCAAAGACCUGAAGGGCUCUGACUACAGCUGGUCCUACCAGACCCCACCCUCAUCACCCAGCAGCUCCAACUCCCGGAAGUCCAGCAUGUGCAGCCUGGCACAGCCAGCCACCACCCGCCUCUCCAGUGUCUCCUCCCACGACUCUGGCUUCGUCUCCCAGGACCCCACCUACUCCAAGCCCCCUUCGCCCAUGCCUUCAGACAUCACCAGCCAGAAGUCCUCCAGCUCUGCGUCCUCUGAGGCCUCAGAAACCUGCCAGUCAGUUAGCGAGUGCAGCUCCCCAACCUCGGACUGGACCAAGGCUGGUCCCCACGAACAGCCCUCAGCCACCACCCUGCAGCGGAGAAAGGAUCGUGUGGAGCACCUCCGAGACACUGAGCCUGGCCCUACUGGUGGAGGCACGGUGGGCUCCGGUGGAGAGGAGGUGCCACGAACCCGGAUGUCCCCUGCCACCAUAGCAGCCAAACAUGGUGAGGAGGUGUCCCCUGCUGCCAGCGACCUAGCCAUGGUGCUGACCCGCGGACUGAGCCUGGAACACCAGAAGAGCAGCCGGGACUCGCUGCAGUACUCCAGUGGCUACAGCACACAGACCACCACACCUUCCUGCUCCGAGGACACCAUCCCUUCCCAAGGCUCAGACUACGACUGCUACUCUGUGAACGGGGAUGCAGACAGUGAAGGCCCCCCUGAGUUCGACAAAUCCUCCACCAUUCCUCGAAACAGCAACAUCGCCCAGAACUACCGCCGCCUGAUCCAGACCAAGCGCCCAGCCUCCACCGCGGGGCUGCCCACAGCGGGGCUGCCCACAGCCAUGGGGCUGCCCUCCGGUGCACCUCCCGGUGUGGCCACCAUCCGCCGCACACCCUCUACCAAGCCCACUGUGCGCCGCGCCCUGUCCAGCGCUGGCCCCAUCCCCAUCCGCCCACCCAUUGUCCCUGUGAAGACACCAACCGUGCCCGACUCCCCUGGCUAUGUGGGGCCUACGCGGGCAGGCAGUGAGGAAUGCGUCUUCUACACAGACGAAGUGGCCUCACCUCUGGCUCCAGACCUGGUCAAAGCCUCCCCAAAGAGGCUCAGCCUGCCUAACACGGCCUGGGGCAGCCCGUCCCCAGAGGUAGCUAGCUACGGCGGGGCUGCGGUCGGGCUGGCAACCGAGGACGAAGAGCAGCAACUGGCUGCCAACAGGCACAGCCUGGUAGAGAAGCUCGGGGAGCUGGUGGCCGGUGCCCACGCCCUGGGCGAGGGCCAGUUCCCCUUCCCUACCGCCCUGUCAGCCACCCCUUCGGAGGAGACGCCCACUCCACCCCCUGCUGCCACCAGUGACCCCCCGGCCGAAGACAUGCUGGUGGCCAUUCGUCGCGGGGUCCGGCUGCGCAGGACUGUCACCAACGACAGGUCGGCGCCCCGCAUCUUAUGAUGGUGCCGCCCACCCCUCCCCGUCUGGGCCUGGCACAAGGAGGUGGCCGGAUCUGUGAGCAGCGGCCAGCCACUCUGAGCGGCGGCCCAGCCAGAAGACAAAGCAAGCAUCAGGAGUGAGGCACAGCCACUUUAAGGAAAGAGACAGCCAGGCUGGAUCUCAGCAUCUCGCGGGAAGCGACUUCCCUCACACACCUCACCAGGACAGAGCCUGUUUUAUACUUUCCUUACCUACACAAACCUCCUCUUCCUUCCGGCAGGCCCUGCUUCAUCCAAACCCCAGAGCCCAUAACCAAGGGCUGGGCCUGCUACAUGGGGCCCCACCUGGCCUGGGGUCCACAACUCUCUUCCUCUGGCCCGGCUAUCCUCCAGGGCCACAUGCCCAGCUCUUUCCUUGAAUGCUGGCUCCCUCUUCUCCCUGCCUGGGCCCUGUCCCAUUUCCUCUUGCCUUUGCCCUGCCUCUCCCAGACUCCUCUCUUUGGGAGACAGGGUGGUCACGGAGGGGGCCAGGCACCCAAUCAGCUGAGGAUCUUUUUGUGACUGGGUUUAGGGACAGGCAGGCAUUGGGAAGCCCAGCUCGCUCAUGGUUAAGAGCCUGGAGGGAGGGAAUGUAGGGGCCUUGUCUCAGGGGCCCCUCCAGUUCCCCUCCCCCUGUGAAGAGUAGCCAGUAGGGGUGAGGCAGGGCAGACAGGGAAUGAGUCCAGAGCCCCGUAUCAGGUGUUUUGGAUGUCCUGUUCUUGUCUGGACACUUUGGCGCUUUAACUCUAGGGGCACCUUUGGGUUACAAUUUCACCCAUUGCUGGAGAUAAGGGCUGGAGCAUUAGAUGGUGUGGGGGGUUAUUCUAUGACUGUAAUAAAAUGGAGCUGACCCUAGACAAGAACUGUGUGGGGCAAGCUGGUGGUACAGGGUGUAUGUCUGAGUGCCUGAGAGAGAGGUGUGGGAGCCCCUCGGUGGGCUCGAAGCCAGAGAAGGGUAGGAUCCCUCUCCCCAACCUGGGGGGAGCUACUCUUCUUGCCAGUGUCUGAAGUGUCGGUAGAUUAAGGCUGGUGAGGGUAGGCCAGGGCCUCUGGCCAGUCUGCUGAGUUCCGAGCAAGCUGCAAGCCCAGCUUGGAGCAAGUAUCAGAAGGUUGGUUUUGACUUUCUGUUGCCAGAGGCGACACCAUCCCAAGAAAGUCUAUGCCUACAGGCCUAGCUGGGGCUGGCAGCGGGGACCCGAGGAAGAGUGGGUCCUGCCUCCCUGUCAGCCCAAGUCCGAGCAAGUCAAAGCACGUAAGUGUAAGCCAGAGGAGAGAUUCGGGAGGUAGAACAGGCAGCAGAGUCCAAGGCAGCAUUCUGCCCGAUCCCACAGGGAGGCCAGAGAGCAUACCUUGGUCUCGAAGGAAUGGAGUUGGGGCUGACCUGGGCCCAAGGUCAUGGGUGCUCCAGUGCAGGGCAGCCCAGUAGGUCUGGCGAAGCAGAGAUGGAGUUACCACAGGGCUCCCCGAGGCUGCUUAGUGAGUUAUCUCCAGAGCCUGAGAGCUGGCCCACCAAACUCAGUUGUCACCAGAGCCCCCAAGUAUAGAGUCCAGGAAAGCAAAUGGCCAGAUGUGGAACCCCGAGGCAUAUUUUGACUGCACCUUCCCCAACAGGGCUGUCAGAGCUGAUGGAAAGAAAGGGAUGCAGGAUGUCAAGUGGGCAGGUGUGGUCCCUACACCCAGGGUGUGGCUGGGUCCAAGAGGAUGGACUCACUGCCAUCUGGGGACUCCAGGCCCUGACGGGGAGGGAGGCCAGGGACUUCCCAGGAAGAAGAUGGGGUGGCAUGCCCACCCCCACUUUUAGCAUUCCCCUUCCCCCCCCCCAGGGCUGUACAUAUUCCAUCCCCUUGUCUGACCCACAAGUGUCCUCCUCCACCACCACUUCCUCUAGUGCUCACCUCUCUCAUAGGCCCGCCCUCGGGAUCGGAGCCAACCAUCCUGCAUCACAGACUGGUUUGGGGGCUUCUUCACGUACAUUUUAUUUUAUUUUUUUCAUUUGUACAGCAAAACAUUCUUUUCAAAUGUGUCUUUUGACUGAAGUAACUUUUCUGGUGCUGUUAACUUGUCUUUUUUUUUUUUUAAUUUAUUUUGCCACCCCUCCUUGUUCUACUCACCCUCACCCUCCCCCCGACCCCCCACCCCCACCCCAUCACUUUUAUUCUGUUCUUUCCGCCAAGUUUGGGAUAAAUUCUCCCGCCCGCCCCGGUUUCCAUCCUCUCCUUGAUUUAAAUAGUCACUGCUACAAAGUAACAAAUGCACUGUGAAGAUUCCAGUAUUAAUAAAGUGGUACUGUAGUUAACA